CAGCUGUAACUUGUGUUCCAUGUGAACAAGCUAUUACAUUAGAAAAUAUUGCCAGUAGUUAUUGUAUGGCUGAUGUAGUUCUCAAAGCCUCCGUUAAAGAUAUGAUCUUACAACCGAAUCAAGCUUCAAUCAUAUUGAAUUUAACACCACGUACAUUGGCAUUAAAACUUAUACGCAAUGAUGGUACUCAGUUGAGCAGUAUCGAUCAAUAUCGCCGUAAACGGAAUAGUCGAAGAAAAAGGAAUAAUCGGCAUCAUAAACAGGAUGACGACGAUGGUCGUAUUUAUCAAUUAAGAACAGUGAGAGAUUUGAAAAUAUCAAAACAGACACGCACCAAUAAUCAUCAUCUUGAUCAAUAUCAAUCCAAGUAUUUGAUCACACCGAAAUCAAUAAACACGCAUGAACAGAAGACUAACAGGAAACGACGUCGACGACCAAGAAAUUCACGACUUCAUGAUUUAGAUGGUAUUACCGAAUUGGUUUUAAGUUGUUCAUCUUGCAGUCCAUUGUUACCAUUUACAAGUGGACGUCUGGCUUCUUCAUUGCCUAAUCAAAAAUGGUUGGUAAUGGGUAGACGUAUUCAAGAUUCAAGUACUAAAAAGUAUACUAAUCAAUUACAAUUAUGUUUGUUUAUAAAGAGACUAAAACUGACUAUUAGUACUACUACUACUACUACUACUACUACUACUACUACUACUACUACUACUACUACUACUACUACUACUACUACUCCGACUACUAAUACUACUACUACUACUACUACUACUACUACUACUACCACUACUACUACUACUACUACUACUACUACUACUACUACUACUACUACUACUACUACUACUACUACUACUACUACUACUACUACUACUACUACUACUACUACUACUACUACUACUACUACUACUACUACUACUACUACUACUACUACUACUACUACUACUACUACUAAUACUAAUACUAAUACUAAUACUAAUACUGUAGUGAAGAAAAACACAGAUAUACUUAAAAAUAUUUAUGAUAAUUAA